CAACACUCUCCAAGAGUGGGUCCCUUUAGCCAUUGAAGUGGGACCCACAUGAGAUACAAGUCCAAAGAAGCAAGCCAAGAAGAAAAUGAGAAGAAGAAUUAAUUGUCUCAAUUUUCCUCUCUUCUCAUCUACACCUCCAUCAAUCAAUCAAUGGCCUUCACCUUCUUUAACUUUGAGUCCACCCAAAGAGAAGCAGAUUCCAUCUUUUCGCCAACUCUUUUGUGGGCGCUUUCGUCGGUAUGAAUCACGCGAAUUGUUUGAGAUUGACUCAAGGAUUGACCUUGAAAGGCAAGAGCACCGGGUCGUAGGCCUUGAACCAGCUAUGGUUGCAGCCAUUCCCACUAUGAAAUUUGACCGUGAAGCCUUCGGUUCCAUGGAAGAUGCCCAGUGUACAAUAUGUUUAGGUGAAUACCAAGAGAAAGAGGUGCUAAGAAUUAUGCCAAAAUGCGGGCAUAGUUUUCAUCUUUCUUGUAUUGAUUUGUGGCUAAGAAAGCAAUCGACUUGCCCGGUGUGUCGUCUGUCUGUAAAAGCCACAAACAGUCCUGAGAUUUCAAGGGAGAUCUCGAUGGAGCGGUCCCGCCAGUGGCUGCUAUCACACCCGGGUCAAGGAAGUAGUCAAAGUCAAAGUCAAAGUCAAAGAGGAGAUUCAGCCAUGGGAGAUGUAGAAGCAGGAUCAGAAGCAGGAAGAUGAUAGAAUCUGAAGAAAGUUGAAAGAUUUAGGGAUGCUUUUCAUUCUUGAUUGCUUGGGAUUGGUGUGUAUAUGGUUGCUUUUUUUUUUCUUUCUAUUGUUGGUUUACAUAUUUAUAUUUGUCUAAUUUGACACAAUGAAUACUUGUUAUGGAAGCAUGUAAUCAGUGUGAUUACUGGUUUUCUAAUUUACUUUAGUUUGUAUAUAAAUAAAAAGGUGAGCUUUCACAA